AUGGGUUUGACCGUGACCUGCCCGGAGGACAUUCUUAUGCGGGAGCUCCCAAAGCCGCUCCACAACCACCAGUAUGUACCGGGCGCACACUCCCAUGCCAACUUCGCCCGAAACGUCAUCCCUCGGACCCGGCGCUUUUUUGCCCGCCACCUAGGCGGUGGGCUUAACCAUCGCGACCACCUCCCCAGAGGAUGCCUCCCCCUGCGCAGGCCGCAGGACUUCAGGAUUGCGCACUUUCUCGUGGGGGUUGGGAGCGCCGCUGCCGGUGUGGGCGUGCUGUUUGUAGACCACGAGAGUGGCAGCGUUGUCGGCGGCGAGGGAAAGGCGCGCGAGGUAGCCGAGGCGCCGCUCAUUGUCGUGACGCCGCCGGUUGAGGCGAACCGGAGAUGCGAGUGGUGGUUUGGGGCUGGUGGUGCUGCGCUUCAGAUGAAAGCACGGUAG